AUGCUGCUCAAAGUGGUGCCUCCGAAGACUGAGCAUCGUCCGCUAUGUGCAAGCCUGCACGGUUGCUUCCAGUCGAUGCAGGCACGACUAUGGCAAAGAGCAGCGGCCACAAGGCCAAGGAAGUGGAAGGUUCAGUUCGGGCAUGCUGGUACUCCCGUCCCUAGCAUCGGUCAUCAAGCAUGCUUGACGGCAUCUUCGCCGCGGCACAGCCACUCCAAGCCUCACCACGUCCCGUAUGCGCAGCGGGAGCUGUCAAUGCUGCGGCCUGCUGAAAGCUACAGCUCGGCCACUGGUAUCCAGCGCAAGAAGGGUAAGCAACUUCUUUUUUUGGCUACUCCUACAGAUCCCUUGAGCAUCAAAUCCCCGCAACGAAGCCCGAAGUUUUCCCACCAGCGAGCUCGCAUGAAAGAGUGCAAGACGUCCGCAGCAUUGCUGAAAUGCUUGUCGGAUGCCGUUGACGCCAAUAAGGUUGAUGCGAGCGUGAUCGGUGCAGCCAUGCAGACAUGCGGGCACAAGCGCUGGUGGGAGACACUUAUGCAGGUGCAUGACAAAGCCCAUUGUCUUGAUGUGGAAUUUGACCGCGUUCAAGGGACGAUCUUCAUGAACUCUGCAGCCUGCUUGCAGCGCUCGCAGUGCUGUCCGACAGAGCUGGCUGCCCGCAAGAAUCGAGCUCUGAGUUUGAGCAAACAUUCCUGCAACCUUAUGCCAUCGCCAUCUUCCGAGCUGGACUUUCAAUGCCAGAUCGGUCCUGCUUGGAGAGUCUGUGCUGAAGUCGGUGAGCAGGCACUGCCAUGGGCAGAAGAGAUUCUUAGCUGGUGCAAGACACAGAAGUAUGCAAUGACGUCCAUGCAGUAUGGACCUCUUCUAGCGCUCUUUGAGCGGUGCAAGCAUCGUAGUCGAGUAGAGAGCCUACUACAUGAGAUCAUGCACAGACAAGGGUUGUCCCGGACCGAAGUUGAACUCGGCGGUCUGAUCAAUGCCGCUGGCAGUGGAAACGGGUCGAGACGAUCUGGGACCUCUUGGUGA